AUGCUUCCACUAUUUAUUCUACUUGUUCUUCUUUUUCUCGUCGUUCUUUUGUUAUUCUCACUCCGCAGCAAUAGGCCGCUGCCUUUGCCACCGUUUUCUAAGGUUUUACUCGUCAUAGCUCAUCCCGACGAUGAGACGAUGUUUUUUGCACCGGUACUACGAGCGCUCUCUGCUGCCGGGCAUCGUGUUUUUAUUCUAUGCGUAUCCAAUGGGAAUUUUGAGGGUCUGGGGAAAAUUCGUAGUCGGGAGCUGCAAGAAGCUGUACAAUUUCUCGGCGUAACAUCUUCAGAUGUCACUGUGCUCGACUACGAUGCUUUUCCAGAUGGGGGACAAUGGGAUCGCCAAGCCUUGAGCAAUGUUUUGCUGAGAUAUAUUGAGGUGUUGUCUGUUGAUUGUGUAUUGUCAUUCGAUGGUGGCGGCGUCUCAGGACAUGGAAAUCAUUCAUCGUGUUCUGAAGCGUUGCAAGAUGCAUAUACGCGAGGUGUUAUUCCAGAAGAUGUGCAAAUUUUUGUGCUUGAUUCGGUUGCACUAUUGAGGAAAUAUAUGGGAAUGUUUGAUGCUCCACUAUCGGUGGCUCGUUCACCAUUUCAAUAUUUUGCAAGAGGUCGCGAUGUGGCAGCAACUUGGCGUGCUAUGAGGCGGCAUCGUUCACAGUUUGUAUGGUUCCGUUUCCUGUACAUGAUCUUCAGUAGGUAUGUUUACAUCAACACCUUCCGACGUAUUGCUCCAAUCAACAAGGUUCCUGUUGCGAAACGCAAAAGCAAAGCAACUUAA